AUGGCGAAUUGGUCACCGUCCCACCAAAAUUUAAAUACCGAAUACACCCUUAGUCCACCGCCGACCGCCGCCGGCAGCCGACCGCCGCCGGCAGCCGACCGCCGCCGGCAGCCGACCGCCGCCGGCAGCCGACCGCCGGCCGCCGGCAGCCGACCGCCGCCGGCAGCCGACCGCCGGCCGCCGGCCGUCGCCGGCCGCCGACCGCCGCCGGCCGUCGCCGGCCGCCGGCCGCCGCCGGCCGCCGGCCGCCGGCCGCCGGCCGUCGCCGGCCGUCGCCGGCCGCCGGCCGUCGCCGGCCGUCGCCGGCCGCCGGCCGUCGGCGGCCGUCGCCGGCCGUCGCCGGCCGCCGACCGCCGGCCGUCGCCGGCCGCCGACCGCCGACCGCCGGUCGUCGUCGGCCGCCGACCGCCGGCCGUCGUCGGCCGCCGACCGCCGGCCGUCGCCGGCCGUCGCCGGCCGCCGACCGCCGACCGCCGGCCGUCACCGGCCGGCGACCGACGGCUGCGGCAGAAGUGCAGCGACCGUCAGUAG